AGAUUGUCUUCUGCUAGCAACAGCUGAAGAAGACUUGACAGUAUUCCACCGACUUCCAGACCAACAUAUUGGCUUAGGCGUAUACGGAACAUUUUCUUGAUGCGGAAAACCCGCCUGAUAAUCUUGCCGGCGCGAUGCCUAGCCAUGAUCGGCUUCCUACUGCUCUACCUCGCGUGUCCCAUCCUGGCGGAGAUGUCUCGAGGCAAACCGGACCGUGGGUUGGCAUCCUCUUUCCAGCUUGAAGUGUUAGAACACUGUGCCAGCCCGCCGGAGGACCCAGGGGAAGGAGGAUGUGCGGACAGCCGGAAUGCUCUAGCGAAGAUGACUCGGACCGUUCCACCGGACAAUGAACACGAUAAUACUUGCUCCACAACUGAUGUAUUCCUACUGGAGAACACCUGUACAGUGGACCAACGUCCUGCGGAGAACGUACAUGGACAUUCCAGACAAGCCAAACGGUAUGCAAAUGCCUCUCCUAGAAGACUUUUGGCUGCUCGUUCAACGGACCCGACUGCAGCAGUCGUUAAGAUACAGGCUCCUCGGCAUCAGGUUAAGUACAGGUCACUGAAAAGACGAGAAGUUCCUGACGUAGAACUGGCAGUAACUUCUCAGCAACAAGGCAUAACAACACGAACUCUGUUAUCUGUGGAGAGUGCUGCCAGAAUUGCCUCAGAGCGAACUGAUACUGUCAGGAGAGCUCUGUCCAUGGAACAUGAUGAACCCAAGGAAACGGCUAAGAAGUUACUUUCCCGCCGAAUACCAGAGUUGGAAGCAUCGCGAAGGAUGUUAGCAGAAAGACAGUAUCCUAGCAGAACCGUUCCUGACUCAAGGGCCUUAGUCGAAAGAGACAUUUCUAGGAGACAGUCAAGGGAAAGGCAAGCUUCGAGACGUACAAUGGAACGUGGAAUGUUUCAAAUUGAUGGAUCCAGGAGAUUCACAUUUGAAAGACAGUCUUUUCGCAAACUUUCUGCCGACCGUAGAGUGUCUGAGUCCGAUGUUUCUACAAGAACGUCAACUGAGAGAAAAUCUUCCCUGAGAACUUCAACGGAUCAUAGGAUGUUCGAGCCUGAUGCAGCCAGAAGAUCGUCUGUCGCAAGGCAAUCUGAACGGAGGAUGUCAACUGAACGCAGAAUUAGCGAGCCUGCUGCAUCUAGGUUAUCAGAAAAAAGAGAGUCUUCACGAAGACUGUUAACAGAUCGUAGGAUGCUCGAAUACAGUCCUUACAGGAGAAUGUCUAUUGAAAGGCAAUCUUCUCGAAGCCUAGUAUCAGAUAGAAUUUCUAAAAUUCGAUUUGAGUCUAUGGCAUCUUCUGAAAGGAGCUUCUCUGGCACUAGAUCCUCACGCAGUCCCACAACCGACAUCCGUCAAGAUGGUUCUAGAAAAACUCGUUUGGGAAUAAGGACAUUAUCGGAAGAAAUACAGGGAAGCCGAGUUUCAAAAGAACGUUUGUAUCCUGAACGACGAUCAAUUUCAAGGGCAGUGCAGCCAGAAGAGCGAAGACAUUAUGCAGAGAAGUCGUUUUCUAGAAGAAAUUCCCUUGAUGAAGCUCGAAGGUCUAAUGAACAACAUUUGAAAAGAAGCCUCUCCGAAGCAAGAAUUAAAUCCGAAAGAAUAAAUAUCAUCCGAGGGAUAACCAGGAACAUAAAUUCCCACAUUCCUUCCGACCACCGUGAUUCUAGAACGUUUCCAUCUACCGGCAUAGCUAUCAGAAGUUCAAGUACUGGCAGGGGAUCUGACGAACGCCGAAAUGUGAGAAUGUCUCAUGAGGGAUUAUUUCGCUUAACUUCUCCAGUUCGCCAUCUAUCAUUGUCUUCCGAACAAAACAAAAAUCAGAGGCAGUUUUCUGAAUCUAUUUCUAAAAUAUCUGCGGGUCGUCGAAAUAUAAGAAUAUCCAACGACAGACUGUCCCCCGAAAUUUCAUCAGAUCUCAUUGAAACUUUUAGGAUUUCGGAUGAACGACUUUCUACAGUUUCUAGCAUCAAAUUACUACCAAAUAGAAACUCGAUCAAUUGCGUUGAUGUAUACAGAAUUGCUGACAAUCGAAGAAUUAGUGCAACUUCAAAUGAGAUAAUUUCAUCGCCUAGAUUAUCAGCUACCCGGAGAACAUCUGAAGAACACCGCAGUCUCACAUUGCAUCAUGAAAUGGCUCUUUUCCGUUUAUCUCGAAGACAUGUUCCUCUUGAAGAAAGGAGGAAUAUGAAAUUUAAUCAUGAAAGACGAUCCAUUUCGUCGGAAUGGUAUAGUCGUCGUGCUUCAGAUAGGAAAACAGAGAAACGGCGAUUUUCUUCCGAUAGAUCAGCACCGUUUAGAAUCUCAAAGGAAAGAAGCUCUUCAAAAACGUCAACUUCCACAGAUCGCCCACUCACAACAUCUAGGAAAAUACUGUAUGCGAAUCCCUUAGGUGGGCGAACAGUUCAAGAUGAAUACAGGCGAUUGCCUGAACACCAUGCUUCAAGACGAAUUGUUACCCGCAGCAUAAGUGACGAACAUCGAUCUUCAGGGAUUUCUCUUUCUAGGAAUAACCACGCCGCUGAGUCUGAAACAACACGUAGUCUGGGCAGAAAUUCAGUAGAAAAAAAAUCCAAAGCAACGAUCGCUGAACGUUUAAACAAACUCGGUGAUUCACGGAGGAUUUCUGCUAGACAACUAAUAUCCGAACAGAAAUUUAGGUUUACUGAAAGGUCUACGAUGUCUGCUGGUAUUUCAGUAUCUGCAACGAAUUAUAGGAGGGUUUCUGCCGAACGACUGGUACUGGAAAGAAAUUCCAGGAGAUGGUCUGAACGUCUGGCAUCUGUCAGGUAUUCCAGGAUAUCUGCUGAACGAUUGACACCCGAAAGAAAUACUGGAAGAUCGCCUGAACGUCUAGCAUCUGUCAGGGAUUCCAGGAUAUCUGUUGAACGAUUGACACCCGAAAGGAAUACUGGAAGAUCGCCUGAACGUCUGGCAUCUGUCAGGGAUUCCAGGAUUUCUGCUGAAAGAUUGGCACCUGAAAGGAAUACUGGAAGAUCGCCUGAACGUCUGACAUCUGUCAGGGAUUCCAGGAUAUCUGCUGAAAGAUUGGCACCCGAAAGGAAUACUAGAAGAUCGCCUCAACGUAUGGCAUCUGUCAGGGAUUCCAGGAUAUCUGUUGAACGAUUGACACCUGAGAGGAAUACUAGAAGAUCGCCUGAACGUCUAGCAUCUGUCAGGGAUUCCAGGAUAUCUGUUGAACGAUUGACACCUGAGAGGAAUACUAGAAGAUCGCCUGAACGUCUAGCAUCUGUCAGGGAUUCCAGGAUAUCUGUUGAACGAUUGACACCUGAGAGGAAUACUAGAAGAUCGCCUGAACGUCUGACAUCUGUCAGGGAUUCCAGGAUAUAUGCUGAAAGAUUGACAUCCGAAAGGAAUGCUAGAAGGUCGCCUGAACGUCUGGCAUCUGUUAGGGAUCCCAGGAUAUCUGCUGAACGAUUGACACCCGAAAGGAAUACUAGAAGAUCGCCUGAACAUCUGGCAUCUGUCAGGUAUUCCAGGAUAUCUGCUGAAAGAUUGACACCCGAAAGGAAUACUAGAAGGUCGCCUGAACGUCUGGCAUCUGUUAGGGAUCCCAGGAUAUCUGCUGAACGAUUGACACCUGAAAGGAAUACUAGAAGAUCGCCUGAAAGUCCGACUUCUGUCAGACAUUACAAGAAGUUUUCUGCUGAACGACUUACAUCCAAAAGGCAGUCCAGGAGGUCUACUGAAGUUACAUCGUCUGUCAGGGAUUUAACAAGGAAUUCUCCUGAACAGAUGGUAUCCGCAAGAGAUUCCAGGAGGUAUGCUGAACGUUUGGCAUUAGUCACAAAUAUCAGAACCGUGUCUGUCAACCGAAUGGCAUUUGGGGAGAAUUCUCGACGGUCUGUUGAACGUUCAGUUUCAUUAAGGAACUCUAGGCAAAUUUCAACCAGAUCUUCCAGAUCUGCUGACCCAACUGUAACAGUUUUGGGAACAAGGAGUUCUGCAGAACGAUCGGUUUCUGAGAGGGAUUCAAGACGCUCAGCUGAACGUCUAGCACCAGUUACUAUUUCUAGGGUUUAUACCGAAAGAGUAGCAUUUGUCAGGCGCUCAGUUGGCAGUUGGGCACUUGGAAGAGAUUUCAGACGCGGUUCUACUGUACCACUGGCAUUUGAAGUGGAUAUUAGACGAUCAGUUGAACGUUUGGCAAAUAACAUAAAUUCCAGGACUUCCGCUCAACUAGUGUCUCAAAUGGAGUCCAGAAAAUCAGUCAACUAUUCAUCUUCUCUCAGGAAACCAGAUAGUUUAACUUCUGCAAGGAAAUUCAGAACUUCUGUUGAGCGAAUGUCAUUUGUAAAAAUGGUCAAUGGAAGGAGAUCUGUUUUGAAACAAUAUUCAACUGACCGCUUUGCAACCAAAAAACUGACAGCCAGGGCAUCUAACAGAGCUGUCUUCUCUGAACGCCUUGUGUCACAGCCUGAACAGGUCUCUAUCAUUCGCUUUACUUUGAAGGCUCCAGAACAUUACAGUACCAACAGGAUGACAAAUGUUAGAAACACAAAACUGUCUUAUGGACAUAUCUCAAAUAAUCAAGAUCUGUACCAGAGUUUUGGGCUUUCUGAGAGACGAUUUAUUACUAUGGAUAAUACAACACUGAAGACUGAAUCAUUAUUAAGUAUUGGUUUGCCACUGGGAACAAUACAGAAAUCUAUUUUAAAUUUUAUGCCUGCUCAAUAUUCAAGCUGGACUGACAAGAUCACUGAAUAUGUAAGAUGUGCACUGGCCACUCUGACUUUAUUUUGGCCAGCAUUAACAAUUUGGAAGGGAAAUGCUUUGGAAUAUCUUACAAGCUUAGAUGUGAUACUGGGAUUCUCAACUAAAAUGGAUCGUUUCAACAGUUUCUUUGCUGACAAGCCAACCUCCAACUGUGCUUUUGUACCUGAUGACCUGGCCCUCAUUGGCUCCACCAAACCAGCUCCUGCAGUCAUGAGGGAGAAAGGUGGACUACUCGCUACUCUGAUUGGUGGAGGUGUCAGCGCAGCAGUCAUGAUACUGUCAACAAAGCCUAAAUGAAGGCCAAAACCUAACAGAUCUGUUCACCCCUGUGUCUCCAUACAGUACACUGCAACUUAUAUAGGUGUUUCAGUAGUGUAAUCCAGCAAAAUAUUAGAUAAUAUGUAGAAAUAUUUAAACACAUUUCAGUCAUUCUUAAACAGCCAAAUUCUUCAAUCCUUUAUAAGCAAUUAUAUGUAGUUCUGAUUUGAUAUUCACUCUAACUGUUCAACAAGAGACUUAUUAUCUACAAAUGCAAGUUUCUACAGGAAUAUUUGAAAUAUUGCAUAAGCCAGUAUAAUUUCACAGAGAUGAUGGAUCAUUUUUAAUUUAUUUAAUUUAUUUUAAUCAUAAGACUGAUCUUAAUGUUCAUGUUAAAGCAUUUACAACUCUUGGAUUAGGCAUGAUCUAUAAAAGAAAAUGUUUUUAAGACACUUCAGCACUUUGCACAUAUGACAAAUGUGUUCAUAAAUGUUUUAACAAGUUUGCACAAACAUUUAUAUGCACAAAUACUUUUAUGUUUUCUCAUAUACCUCCAUCUCUGUAGAAUAAUCCUUACUGUUUAAGGCCACUUAAACUUACUGUUUACUAACCAAGAGGUUAACAUUAACAGUGAAUCAUAUUAACAGGGAUUAAAAUUUAUCGGCAUGCAAAACAUUAAAAUGCAAACUCUUUAUAUUAAUUCUUAUGAUCCAAGCUUUCAAGAAAUUGCCCUUUCUAAGGGACACAAGGAUCCAGGCAACUAUUAAAUAAUUUUCUAUAAUACUGUGCCAAAUUUUAGAGUACUCAGGAACUAUUAAUUUAUGCAUAGCUGUUUAAGAAGUGGAUUCUGAAGGGUUCAAUGAUGGUGUAUAGCAUUCAGGAUUAUUGGAUUUUUGGGCUCUGUCCACUUUCCAGUAUUCUGAUAUACACUGUUUUGGAAACUGGAACUGUUUCCAUCCUCAGGUGAGGGGAUGGUAAACACCUACUAUGUUGGGUCAAUUAGAAAAUGCUAACCUCAACUGUCCAGCACUUGUGGUUAGCUCUUUCUAACAUACCCAACAGAGUAGGUGUCUCCCAUCCCCUCACCUGUGGAUAGAAACAGGUCCAGUUUCCAGAACAUUGUGGAUAUUAGAAUACCAGGCACUGAAUAAAGUCCAAAAACCCAUUAAUCCCAUGCUUAAAUAGCAUAGUGCCCAAAGAAUGAAUUUCAGAAAAAUGAUUCACUUACUUCGUACCAGUGUUAGUAAAUUAACCUCAAAACUCUAUAUCUCUCUUUUUUUUUUUCUUUUCUUUUUCUUCCUUUUUUUUUUUUUUAAUUCCGAUUGACUACACAAAUUAAUUUCUAAACUGAUUUCAUAAAAUAUUCAGAUUACUGCUAUAUAUGGUCUGGACACUACUUUCUCUGUAGCUUACAUUUGCUUGCAAGAAAAUUACAAAGGUGAUCAGAACUUCAAGGUCUAUGGUCUAUGUUCCAAGCCAAAUAUAAAACCUUUAAAAAUCAAACAAAUAUUUUUAUAACAACAAAAUAUUAGUAACUGGUUUAUGAACAUCAAUUAAGAAAGCGGAUAUUUAAACACAUAUGUUUCCAAGACACAAAUUAAUGAAUAAGAGUAACGCUCUAAAUCUUAAGAAUACGUAUUAAUCUAAUCAUGUCAGGAAACUUAAAAUAUUUUAUUUUCUGAAUACUGAAAUUAAAAAAUAUUAAACUGUCCUGUGAUAUAUAUGUUUGCUUACAUGUACAGUGUAAUGUAAACAUUUAUGUGGAUAUUCUCCUUGUAGUUGCAUUGUUAGAAUAUUAAAGUGCAGCAUCAAAAAAUC